CUUAAAUGCUAGGCGCUAUCACAGCAGGCGAAAUCCGAGGCACCGUCGCCAGAACAAGUCCAGUAGCGUCCUGUUUACAAAACUUAAGAGGUGGUGGCGGUACUGAAUGAAGGCGGAAAUGUGAAGGCUUCCUUCAGCCUGAGUUCCGUACUUUUGCUGUGGAUCCACAGAUCACCUCACUGGACGUGUUGCAGCACAUCCUUAUCAGGGCCUUUGACCUCAAUGGGAAGAAGAAUUUUGUCAUCAGCUACCUGGGCCGAGAGAAGCAAAGUCAAGAAGCAUAUGUGCCAUUGAUGUCCGACUGGGAUCUGGGCAUGGCCUUUGCUGCAGCUUCCAAGCCUUACUUGCAGCUCAAGAUUGACAUCAAGCCUUCAGAAGAUAGCCCCCUGCUAGAAGACUGGGACAUCAUCAGCCCCAAGGAUGUCAUCAGUACUGACCUGCUGCUGGUGGAGAGGCGAUCUCUGGCAGCAGCAGCCCUGCCCUUCACCCAGUCCAUCAUUUCACAGGUGGGCAGGACACUAUCAAAGGUCCAACAGGCUCUCAGCUGGUCCUAUGGGGAAGAUGUCAAACCUUUCAAGCCCCCACUGAGUGACUCAGAGUUCCACACAUUCCUAAACCAUGAGGGACAACUGACAAGGCCUGCAGAACUGCGUCUUCGUAUCUUCCAUGGUGGCGUUGAGCCCUCACUGCGCAAGGUGGUUUGGAGAUACUUGCUCAACGUCUAUCCUGAUGGGUUGACAGGUCAAGAGCGCAUGGAUUAUAUGAAGCAGAAGACACGUGAGUAUGAGCAGCUGAAGGGGGAAUGGGAAGCCCGAGCCAACCCCGAAGACUUGGAUUUCAUCCGCAGCAACGUGUUGAAGGAUGUUUUACGAACAGAUCGCACACAUCCCUAUUAUGCUGGCUCGGAUGAUAACCCACACCUGACAGCCCUCCAUGACCUGCUGACCACCUACGCCGUGACACACCCACAGAUCUCCUAUUGUCAGGGCAUGAGUGACAUUGCCUCCCCCAUCCUGGCAGUUAUGGACAAUGAGGCUCAUGCCUUCAUCUGCUUUUGUGGUAUCAUGAAACGCCUGGAGGGCAACUUCCAGGUAGAUGGGGAAGUCAUGUCUGUGAAGUUCUCCCACCUCAAGCUUCUUCUCCGCCACUCUGACCCAGAGUUCUACUCCUACCUCCUCUCUCGUGGUGCUGAUGACCUAUUCUUCUGCUAUCGGUGGUUGUUGCUGGAACUCAAACGGGAGUUUGCCUUUGAGGAUGCCUUGCGCAUGUUGGAGGUCACCUGGAGCUCCUUCCCUCCCGAUCCUCCUGAGAAGGAGGUGGAGCUGGUGGGCCCACCGGCUAAGCCUGGUGACAGCAGCCAGCCGGUCCGAAGGAGACACAUGUUACGCCCAGCUUGCAGUUUUGAGGCAGGUGGGGAUCAGCCCUGCCAAGUGCCAGUUUCUGAAGAGAAGACACUUAUCAAACAGUCUAGCUUUGGUGAGUUCAAGUAUUACAGCACUCAUGAUGAGGACAGUUCGGAGGAUAAUCCUUCACCCAAAUCUUCACACUCAAUGGACCAGGAGGAGGAGGUGGAGUGCAGCGGUGAACAGGACCCAUUGAUCCAGACCAUGAAUGUGGCCAAGUCUUUCUCAGCACCAUCCCUCCGGGCAUUGACACCACCCUCGAGAGACUCUGCCUCCUCCUCAAGCAAUGGCAGUGAGGAAAGCCAGUCAGAGGAAGAGAAGGGGAACUUGGUGGUCCACACAUUAUCUUCUUCCUCCUGCAGCCCUCCUGCUCCUCCUACUCCUCCCACAGCGGUCAGCCUCCCACCUCCCCAGGAGUUUGGUAAAGGCAACCCUUUUGUGCUCUUCCUGUGCCUCGCCAUCCUUCUGGAGCACCGAGACCAUAUCAUCAAGAACAAUAUGGACUACAAUGAGCUGGCCAUGCAUUUUGACCGCCUGGUCCGCCGGCACAACUUGAACAAGAUCCUUCACCGCGCCAAGGCCCUCUUUGCGAAUUACCUGCAGUCUGAAGUCUGGGACUCUGAGGAGGGGGAUGAGGCAGCUGCUGACUCACCUGCCACAUCAUGACACCCUCCCUUAUGAUAUAUGGGGACUGGUUCCCUGCUGCCAUUGUGGUGCACACAUCAGUAUAGAAGGGUAGCUGGUAAAAUACUUACUUCAACUUGAUGAUAGCUUUUCAGAGGACUUCCUGGAAGGCAAUCUGGAGUAGCUAAGUUGAGUGGUCACUAUGAAUACACCUUCUGCAUCCAAUGUACUCUGUUUUUAACUUAUCUCUUUGUGCAAAUACCCUGGCAUAGAUGCCCCACCUGUCUUCUGUGCCUCCAACCCUUCCAAGUGCUAAUGAUCUUCCUGGGAAGAUCUUUCCUGGAGCAACCAGGUUCUCGCCUUUGGAAUAGCUCUUUCCCCCUUCUCCUAUGCAUUUUUCCAUCUGUCUACUACCCUACUUAACUUCUUGUGUCCUCCUAAACAGCCUUCAGCAACCUGGUGCCUUUUAGAUGUGCAGACUCUAAUAUCGAUCGUCCUGAUUGAUGACUCAUGGUCAUUGCGCAACACAUCUGGGGGGAGCCAGGUUAUGGAAGCCUGCUAUAUAAUGUUGGUUGCUGAUUGGCCAAGAUUAACCUUUGACUAGAGAUGGGCAUGAACUGCUGGUUUGGCAAUUUGGCACUGUUUGUUUCCUGGCUGAACAGCUGAUUUGCCAUUCGGCACCCUGCCCCCUCCAGCAGGUGCCCACUUGAUGGCAGCACCUGGAGGGGGCUAGGUGGGGUGUUGCCACUGAAUGGGCGCUUGCUGGAGGAGGCAGGGCGUGGAAUGGCAAAUCAGCUGUUCAACCAGGAAAUGAACUUCACUGAACCACUGAACUAUCAGUUCAUGCUCAUCUCUACUCUCCUCUGCUCAGGAACCAGUGCUUUUCUCUGUUCUAGGCAUGUUUGCCAAAAGCAUUUUUAAUGCGGAAUCUUGAUGUGUCUUUUUUUCUCCCUAGGGUGGCAGCUUGUGCUUGGCAAAAGCACCAACACAGGUGCCCCCUUUCCAAACGUUGAUUUUUAUGCUGAGUUAGUAAAAUAUUUUGACCCAAGUUUGGGUUUUGUUUUUAAAGCACUUUACUUUCACUAGAUUUUUUUCUCUGUCCGUUACUGCUUUUCUGUUUGAGCAUAAACUUUUGGUUUGGUUUUUUUUAACAAAUGAAGUCACAGCCUUGGGGAUAAAAACACACAGGAUGUGUUUAGAAACAGAUUGCUAACAUCCUCCCAUUGCCCUUACCAGCUGAUUUUUAAGGCAGGUAGGUUCUUUUUUUGAAUUUGACCAUCUCAAUGGUCUUUUUAAUAACUAGUUAUGGAAAGAAGUCAACUGUCUAUUAAAAAAGAAACUGGCAUGGGAAGGUGAGAGGUGUCCUGAUGCCUUAGUGCUCUUACAGAUAUGUUCAUGGGUAGGUCAGUUGCUUGUGUCUUAAUUCAAACGCUUCUGCCUAACUAGCAAUCUCUAUGGCCAACAUAUUGUUUGAAAUACAAUUGCUGUAGAAGAGCCUGUGUCUGGUCAGGUGAGUUCGUUUUCCCCCAUUCCUUUAGCUGGCCUUAUCCCCCUUAGCUGGCCUCCCCUAUUUCAAUGCAGAAAUUUAAUCAGCUUGCCAGAUUCUUAACAAUGGCUUCUCUGUGCAUUAUUAGCUUGUAGGGCAGAAUCGUGCUGGAGCAUGUAGCAACAUACGCUGUAUCACAGAGGCAGGGGGAAACUCAAGCCCUUUCUAGCGCUAUGUGUUCAUCUGAUGUCAAACAGUAGUCCACAUAGGGUGUGGCAGAUUGUUUCCUGAUAAAAGGGGGGAAAGAAGCAUCUUGACUCUCUGACUGUCUAUUCUAGCUGUUUCUGGUUUAUACUGGGAGCCAAAACAUUUAUGACCUGGUGUUAAUGUGACCCGGUUUGAUCGUUUGAAAGGAGAACCCUGCUUCUCUGUUUUUGCCUUGGGAAUAACUGAGCAAGAGAUGCCACAAAAGGUGAUAAAAAUGUUGUUGAAUUGCAGAAGGGUAUGUUGCGUAUCUUUCUGGGUUAGCCAUUUUGCUACUCAAAUACCUCAUUCUGCUUCUUCUACCAGUUAGAUCAAAUAAGUAGAUGGUUAUUGCCUGUCUGUGGAAUGGUCAAGAUUCUGCUUAGAAAUACUGUCUGCUUACUUAAUUUCUGGUGUUUGGGUUCAACUUUCUUUUUAAGGCAAACGGGUCAUUCCAUGUCAAACCAAUGAAAAAUCAAUUUUGGAACUUGAUGUCAUGGAUUUGGUUCAUUUUUGGUACUUUUGUACCUUACCAUGAGAUGUUUAAAAAUAUUUUUUUUCAGAUUUUUUGAUCCACCCAUUACUGAGGUAUUGCUUUUUCAGAAUUGAAAAAAAAAUCCAAAAGUCACUAGCCACCAUAACUUCAAAUGUCAUUUAAUAGAUACAUAUGAUAGCUACACACCAGAGGGAGGUGUCAUUUUAAAGCUUAUGAAUAGGGCUUUUAUUUGAUUUACAAUUACAGUUACAGGGAGAACAUACCAGCUAACUCCACAGGAGAUGACAAAAGCAUCCAACAUGCUAGCCAA